AUGGGGGAGCAUUUUGAGUGCUGUGAAACCAAGUUCUUUAUACGCAUACUGACAGUAGCACUGCUUGUGAUAUUCGCUGGAUUGAUGUCAGGCCUUACCUUAGGCCUCAUGUCAUUGAGUCUUGUUGAUCUUGAGGUCCUUGCUAAGUCUGGUACCCCUUUAGAUCGCAAGCAUGCUGCGAAGAUAUUGCCUGUUGUGAGAAAUCAACACCUAUUGCUUUGUACCCUUCUAAUUUGCAAUGCUGCACUAAAAGAGGCACUUCCAAUAUUUCUUGAUAGUCUUAUUGAUGCAUUUGGAGCUGUCCUUAUUUCUGUGACAUUGAUUCUUUUGUUUGGUGAGAUUAUACCCCAAUCAAUUUGUUCAAGAUAUGGUUUAGCAAUUGGUGCAGCAGUGGCUCCAGUUGUCCGUGUUCUUAUGUGGAUAUGUUUUCCUGUUGCCUAUCCUAUCAGCAAGCUGUUGGACGUUGUGCUAGGGCAUCGUCGUCGAGCUCUCUUUCGCAGAGCUGAGUUGAAAACACUUGUAAAUUUGCAUGGUAACAAGGCUGGGAAAGGUGGGGAACUGUCACAUCAUGAAACAACAAUCAUUUCUGGGGCACUUGAACUCUCUGAGAAGACAGCCAGUGAUGCCAUGACCCCUUUAGCUGGAACAUUUUCUAUUGAUAUUAAUUCAAUUUUUGAUAGGAAUCUGAUGAAUCUAAUAUUGGAGGAAGGGCACAGCAGAGUCCCUGUCUAUUAUGAGGAUUCUACAAAUAUUAUUGGACUUAUCCUGGUCAAGAAUUUAUUGACAAUUGACCCAGAAGAUGAAACACCAGUGAAAAAUGUGACCAUACGCAAAAUACCAAGGGUACCAGAAAUGAUGCCACUGUAUGAUAUUUUGAAUGAGUUCCAAAAGGGCCAUAGCCACAUGGCCAUUGUUGUUAGACAUUGUGACAAGACAGGGCAGCAAUCUUCCAAUGACAUUGUAAGAGAUGUGAGGGUGGAUAUUGAUAGGGAGAAGCCUUCCCAAGAGAGAAUGUUGAGAAUUAGGAGACAACUCCAUGCGAGGAAAAGCUAUAGAUAUGCAAGUAAUUCGUAUAGGAGUGGUUCUAGGAGCAAAAAAUGGUCAGAGAAUAUGUACUCAGACAUUGUGGAAUUAGAUGAAAAUUCACUUCCAAAGCUUCCCCCAAAAGAAGAAGAAGCUGUUGGAAUAAUUACAAUGGAAGAUGUCAUUGAACAGCUUUUGCAGGAGGAGAUCUUUGAUGAGACAGAUCAUCAUUUUGAAGACUCUUAACUUGACAAUGAUCUUUCAAUAAAACCAAUUGCCUUUUACAUUCUUCUCUUGGUGUUUAGAUUCAUACUUUGGGGCAUCUGGAUUCUGGAAUGUGACUAGCCAUUACACAUACAACUAAUUAAAAUCUACUACUUCUUAUUUGUCCACUACUGUAGCUAAAUAACCACCAAUUACGCAUCAACACGUGUUCUUCCUUUACUUACUUUUGUUUUUUUAUUUUUUUUUCAACUUGAAAAAGAAAAAACGACGCCGUUUUCCGUCAACACUGAUGACCUUCUCUCAUCAACCCACCCCUUCAACCACACUGUUCAUCACGUUUUGAUAUCCAAGGACUGAUUUCGCGUGUGCCUCUCCUUCUCUACCCACCCCACCGUAGCAGUCAUACGUUCUUAUAUCCAAGGUUCAACCAUCCUUCUCUCUCCUUUCCAACACAGACCAGCAACUGGCCCUAAUCUGGUCACUCAGUUCCCUCCUUCUUCUCCCAAAAUCACCAAAUCAACUACCAUCGACCACCUCCUCUCUUCCCCUCAAAUCCACAACCACCGACCACCUCUUCACCGUCAAAACCGUCACCUCCACCACAACCUAAAUCAAGCACCACCGCCAUCGCUCCCUCUCUUUCCAAAUCGCGCCACCGUCGCCGCCCUUCCGUCCUUUUCCCCGAUUUCUCGCUUCCUUGACUGUAUCAACGUCACGAUUUCCCCCUUUUCCAUCGAUUUCCGAUGUCACUCGGCGUGCUCUCAUGGAUUCUCCAGUAAUGGCCAUCACACCCUGUCAACCAUUACGUGGGUAACAGUUCAAUUCAAUACACUGCUUAACACUUCUCAUACGUUUCCUUCUAAUUUCGUCCUUUUUAUCAAUUUUUUAUCUGAUAUUGUUGAUUUGAUGUGCAUUUUUGGGGGGAUUUGGUACUUGGUUUAGCAGUUCUUAUACGUUUCCUCCUCAUUGUUAUCUUCGGUUCAUGCACUUUUUAUGCAUCUGUCAUUUCGAAGCUGUUUUGCAGUUGGGAUUAGGUAUGCAGAUGGAGGGUUAUAGGUGAAGGCUUUACAGAGGCUUCUUUUGUUUCUUCAGAUCGAUUUGGCUAUAAAUAUCCUCAAUUCUCAUUCAACCACACUUCUCCCAAUUGGGUCUCUGAUUCUCUCCCAAGUUUGUGUGCGACACAGGAGGUUACAUCACAUACUGAGAUUCAGAGACAUAACAUGUGAGGAUCACGUGAGUCUUAUCCUAACCUAAUCCAUUCCCAAUUGCAACUUGGUUCCAAAUCGCGACGGUGACGACCAAAUCGAGAGGAGCGAAGCCCGGCGGUCGUGAAGGAACUGCGAUUGCGAGUGUGAGAAGACGGUUUCUGGGUAAGAAGGUCAUCGGUGGUGAGAAGGUGGUCCGAAGGCAAAAUCGAGAGGAAGGAAAUGGCGACCGACAAAAAAGGUGUGUCGAAGAAGACCCCUCGAAGGCCAAAGAAGAAAACUCCGACAAAAGAGACGGUGGUCCCAGAGACGGUGGUCCCAGAGAAGAUGGUCCCAGAGAAAACUCCGUUUUCAAAAUUGGACUUUUGGCUCAAUGGAGAUUUGCCCGCAAACUAUGUUUCCAGGAAGCCAGGAAUGCCUCUCUUGCAGUUGGGAUGUGCCCACAAAGCCAAUGGGAGAAAGUUACCAAGGGUUCUAGGACUAGAUCAAUGUCUCCUUUUGACCACAAGUUCCUAGACAUAAGGACUGCUGGUGCAACACUGGAAAAUUUUAAGGUGUCCACUGAUGAAGAAAUUGACGCUCUAAUGCAUGAACUUGAUGAGGAAGAGAUGCAAAUGGAUGAAUUAGCAAAGAGGGCUAUAGAGAAGUUGAAAGAAUCCACUCUUUGAGAUGUUGAUGCUGCUAAACCUGUUCAAAAUGACUCAUGACAAACUGCAGCGGUUAAACGUGAUGAAAAUAUUUAUACAUAUAUAGAAUAGUUGGUUGGUUGUCUCAUACAACUAUUGGUAGAUAGGGAUAAUGAGUAAUCGCUUUAGUGUGAUGGUUUUAGAUGAUCAUAUGUGAGGGAAUUUGAUAAAGGGAUAUUUGAAGGAAGGUGAUCAUGAAAAGGCUACAUCUUCUCAUUUGACACUGAGCAGUAGAAAACAAAAGACUUUGACUUGAUAUUCAUGCUAUGAAUAAUAUUGUUAAACGAUAUUUCACGUUAAAAAGUGAAGUUAGACCUGUCUUUUGCAUUUCGAUGCAUGUAGGCUCAUUUGCAAGCUCAUGGAAUAAUAUUUUGUUGACACUUAUCCACAUCCACCUUAGAUAUAUAAGAAGAGAAAAUCGA